CAAAGAAAGGGAAUAAGAUGUUAAAUAAAUUAAAGAUUCUCUUAUAUAUGCCUCUGAAAUGUUUUUUCUUAAACUUAGUUGGCAAUUAUUACUUGUCAAAGCACUUAUCAAAAUGGCGACCUCUUCUUCAGAAGCAAUUCAACUUCAGACCAACGAUGGCGUCAUUCAUACAGUGGACAUUCGCUUUGCUCUACAGAUAUGCCCCGUGCGCAAUAUAAUAAUGCAGGAGAGACAGAAAAAUUUGUACACCGAUGAUGUUAUCCCUCUACCGCGAGUCGAUGCCAAAAACCUUAGAUUUAUAAUCAAAUGGUGGACAUCUGUGCAGGACCUAGAGGAAAAUCUUCCCAGGAUGGGCAAAGGAAAACUUAUACAGUUGCUAACGGAGGAAAAUGCCAACCAUCAGUUUCUAUUGCAAAUCAUCCUUGCCGCCAACUAUCUGCAGAUGGAGAAUUUGUUGCUGAUCACCACAAAUCUCCUGGCGGAAGCUUUAAAUGAAUGUAAAUGUGUCGAGGAGAUACGUAAGAAGUUUCUUCGGAAUUAAGUUUAAAAUCAUCGAUGACUAAAACACAUUUAGCUAAAUUAAGGAAAUCGCAUUCAGAAAUGUGUAAAUGGUGUAACAAAUUAUUAUGUUCUUUUGCUUGUAAGUAACUUAGAAGAUUAUUUAUAAAUUUUAUGCAUUCCAUCCUGGCGUAAAUGAUGACUUAAUGUACAAAUUUACUUCGUUUGCUGAAAUAAAAAUAAUAUGUUUCAAUCAAACGAAUGUGCGUUCAUUAACUGUAAACAAAACCACUUUAAAAGUUUUGUAAUUAAUUAAAUCUUUAUUAAAUCUCAAUUUGUCGGUGAUUAUUAUUCAUUAUUUUUUUGUUUUUCUGUUGCUUGUGUUCUCUGCAUUUUAUUUGCCAAAACUCUCGCUACACUUAUUCCUCUACUGUACUUAACUUCUUUACUUUUCGCAUUUUCAAAUUUUCACAACUUUUCUGUGGUUUUUUUCUUACUUCGGCCUGGGCCCAAAAACUCUCCAAUCGCUCAUGGUGUUCUUAGUUAUUGCUAUAGAUCUUUUGGUUUUAUUCGUAUUUACUUUUGUUUCUGCAACUGCAGAACUUGGCAAAGAUGUGUCGAAAAAUAGGGAGUAGGAAGAACCAAUGGCAGAAGAACGAAAACUGGUGGGGAUCGAGGAGGAAAGGCCCUGCUGUAAUACGAAAGUCGGUUCUAGAUAGCUCGACUAUGGCAUACCGCCUAUAUCG